ACUGUGAAAUAUAUCUUUGUAUAUAUACAAGAUGAUAUAUAUUCACGGUUAUAUUAAUAAUGUUUUUCUACAUGUGAAAGUGUAUUUGAUUUUAUUACAGAAAGUGAUGUAUCCUGUUGAUGUAUAAUUAAAAGCUGUAUGAAUCUGAAGCCAAAGACAUUUCUAAUCAAGUAUGAAAGGAGAGAUGCAGUGGCAGAAAAACUUGUAUGAAAAUUAUGGCUUACCGGAUAAUUACACAGAUAGUUCCUUUCUGGAAGAACUACGCAAAAAUAUCAAACCAAAUAAUGUCACAUUGAUAGAAGCAAUAAGCUUGGGUGCCAGUAUAUCCAUACAGUUGAGCAUCGUGGUACUUUUUGUUGUAAUAUUUAUUUGGUUGCAUAAUGAAUGGACCACACCAGAUGUCAUUGUUAUAUCAGGAAGCGCCCUGACAAUUCUUGGGUAUUUUAUUUAUAAGAUAAGAGUGCCCAAUCAAAAAAAAUCAGUGAAACUUACAAAGGAUUUAUGGACAGUAUUGAUAUUUCUUACAUUUGGUUAUGUAUUAUCACCUAUUUUAAAAACUUUAACUGAGACAAUCAGUACUGAUACAAUUUAUGCUAUGACAAUAUUCAUGUUUUUGACUCAUUUAAUAUUUAGCAAAUAUGGAUCGUCGCAAAUAUCUCUGUCAGACUCGUUGUCCAUAACAUCCUCAAUUUUUGGUUCAUUGAUGUUAGCUUCGAGAUUAGCAUCACCAUUGCAUGCCUUUUCACUUCUAACAGUUUCAGUUCAAUGUUUUGUAUUGUUACCAUAUUUAUUGUCGCAAAUGAAUAACAAAAUUGUUAUAUCAGCUAUUCUGGCAAUCAGUACUAUAUAUUUACUUUUAUCUGUGUCACAAACAUUUUCAUACAUCUUUAUUAUUGCUGUAACAUUCAUUCACUUUACAUGCCCAUUUUGGUAUAUCAAAUGCCAAAAAUACAAGGAUAAUAUUUAUGGUCCUUGGGAUGAGGCAGUAAUUGCUUCAUAGAAUUCAAUAUGAUUAAAUUUCUUCGUAAUUACAGAAAAAAUAUAUAUAGAUACUUAAUUCAUAAAUCGUAAAACUUGUCUUGAAAUAUUAUAUCCUGUUUAUUGUAUGUUUCUCCACUAAUCAUAUUUAUAUGUAUAUAAUUAAUAUAUUAUAACAUUUUUUUAUUUAUAUUCAUCUAAAGAGGAACAUAUAAGAGAGGUAUAUUUGUACAAAUUCUAUCAAAUAACCUGUCAACAUUUUUUGCAUAAUAAAAAAAAUGUUGAAUAAAAUGUGAGAAUGAUAAGGAAUAAUUAUGACUGAUAUUUUAAUUAACUCACGGAAAGUUGUCUAUAUAUAUAAAUUUUGCAUAAAACACCAACAAUAUCAUUGAUUCCUCUUCUGUCUUUUAUAUCUA